UGCUGACAGGUAGGCAGGAAACCAGCUGAGCAUAGCAGGUUGACUCAGCAGCAGUCAUGCGAGCUAAGCUUGAUCUCCAUUUCUUUCAUGGCUGACUGUUUGGCACCACUGACAUCAAUCAUUUCACCUCGCAAAAUUAUAACGAUAACGUUCUUACACUUGUCAAGAAACAGUCACCGCUGCCCUAACUAGCUUACUAUCUACGCGCGAAGGACACAAGUCUGGUCGAAGGAUUUAUAUAUAUUCCUUUCCAAAAGCGCGCCUCUUGUCUUCAUCGCAACAACGCUGUUUAUUUAGUCAACUUUAACUGACAUAAUCUAUACUAUGACGAGUACGAGUGAAAUCCCUCCAACUGUCUCGAAGCGUACAUGGCUGCUCGGUCGAGUCGCUACACCAGGCCCUAACGAUGUCUCGUGUCCCACCUCGUUAAUCGAGCUCGCGUUCGGCGCGCUUGUCCCCGCUAUAAGCGCAUACCAUUCGCGAGAAGCCGUUGGGAUAUUGCAAGCUGCAGCAUCGUCAGCGGCGGAAUUAUCGGCUGCUGAGCCGGAGAAACAUACAUUGCCUCAAGCCUCCGAAAAGGGGAGGGAGGCGGAGGCGGUGAAGGAGGCGGAAAAGGGGGCGGAUAAGGAUGAGGAGAAGGAGGCGGAGAGAAAGGCGGAGACACAGGCGGAAAAACAGGCGGAGAAACAGGCGGGAAAACAGGCGGAGAAGGAGGCGGAGAGGGAGGCGGAGAGACACGGUGCGCGUGUGGCGUGGAAGUGCGAGCGACUGCUUCAAGUGCUCAACGCGUGCCUCUCGGAGCUUGACCCCUGGAACGAGGCAGAUGGCAACGCAGACGACUAUGCUCCCAGCGUCAUUGGUCAGAGCCGCAUUUCUUCCUCUACAGUCACCUCCAGUUCUAUCACAGGUGGCAGCGCGCUCGGUAGCAGCGCUUUCGGCGGCAGCAGGGGCGGCCUUAGCUGCAGCGCCACUCGCCCAAUCCGCCUCUCCGCAGGAAUAGGGGGAGGAGGCGGAGGGGGAGGCGGAGCAGGGGGAGGCGGAGGAGGAGGAUGGAGUGGCGGAAUGGUGAGGGCGGUUAGUCUAGGGAGUGACGUAGGGCAUGUGGCUGUCCCCGUUAUAAACAGGCAGUUUCUGCAGAAGUCUGUCAGCACAACUUUCGGUGGGAGCCAGAACGCGUCCCCUAUGAAGGGUACAGACGGUCCCGCUAUAAAGACGGAGCCUUUCACUAAAGCGAGCGCUGCUGCGUACGUGCAACAGUUCCAUUCCCCGCAUCUAUCAUCAUCAGACUCACCAGCAACAGCAACAGGAGCAGCAGCAGGAACAGCAAUUGGAGGAGCAGCAGGAACAGCAACAGGAGCAGCAGGGACAGCAGAAACAGCAGCAGGGACAUCAGGGACAGCAGGAAGUGCGGGGACCCCUCCUCGCAUGCACGUUCGCCGUAGAUCAGCAGACAUGCGCUCACACCUCUCCCUAUCGCACUCCUCGUCAGUCCCCAGCGAGCCUAAGGAUCUCGCCAGAGCAGGCGGAUCAGGGCAGUUUCUUCCCCGGCUGCCCGCUUCUGCUUCCGUGCCCAAUGGGGGAGGAGGGGGUGGGGGAAGAGGGGGAGGAGGAGGGGGAGGGGGAGGGGGAGGGGGGUCGGCGUUGGGGUCUGCGGCGAGCAGUCCAGGGCGGGAUUGGUCGGAGCAGAUGUCUGUCGCUGAUGCGCCCUUCCUGCCUGGCUCUUCCUGCUUCGACCUGACCGCUUGUCCUUCACUGGCUGUCGAGUGGAACGAUCUCUUCUUUGCAGUCCAGGACGCCAUGGCUGCUUAUGACACGCUGCUGCUGGCGCCGCUGACCAAUGGCGCGCUGCCACGUGGCAGCGAGGUGAGGGAGCUGCAGCAGAUGGUGGAUGAGUUGGCGGGGAUGGCCCAGGAGAGGAUGGACGGCUCAGAUGAGGGUGAUUCCCGUCGUUGUCCGCUGCUUCUAGUCCGCCUGUUUGCUUUGCGGGUGAAGCAAGAGAUUGAGCAGCUGCUGACCCUGUUUCCAGAGGCGAAGGGAGAGGUGGGGCAGACAGGAGAGGCAGAAUGGGAACAGCGGCAGCAGCAGCACGACGGGGAGAGGGAAACUGGGGUAGGAGGGGAAGCAGAGAAAGACGCGCAGGCAGCCGAGGCAGCAGCAGAGGCAGCAGCAGAAGCAGGAGCAGAGGCAGGAGCAGCAGCACAAGGGCACUCAACAGAGGGAGAGAGCGCAUUGGGUGAUGGGGGCAGGAAAGAAGGUGUGGGGGAAACAUCAGAUGGAGAAGCAAAGGGAGAAGCAGAGGGGGCGACAGAAGUAGCACCUGGGGAAACUGCAGGUGAAACUCGCAACCUCAAGCAGCAGCAGCAGCAGCAGAAGCAGCAGCAGGAGAGAACCCACCUGCAGCAGCAGCUCGCAGAGAAGCAGCAGCAGCAGCUGCUGCACCAGCUCCAGCAACAAACCGCCCUAUCCCUGCUCACUGAAGUCUCAGACGAAAUAGAGGAGGUGUUCUCAGCCAGCAAGGGGUCACUAUACGGUCUAGGCGUCUCCCAUGCCCGAUCCCUCGCCCGCCUCUCCCUCCUGGGAAAGGCGCUGAGAGCAGCAGCAGAGGGGGCAGGAGAGGAGGAUUUGACCGUCCUCAGGGGCAGUCCGAGGGGGGUUGGAACUGGGGAGGGGGGAUCUGUGGGAAACGUGGGAUCGGUGGGGCAGGGAGGAGGGGAGAGUAGGGAGGUGCCUCUGCUGCUGUUGUGUCCACAGAAUGACUGGGCUAGGCUGAGUGCUGAGUGUGACAGUAACGAGGGGGGUGCGUUAGGGGAGGUGAUUGUGUGGGAGGAUGGGAUGGGGGAGUUGAGGGACCUUUUCAAAUCUGCAUCUGCUGCCGCUGCCGCUGCUGCUGCUGCUGCUGCUGGUGCCAUUGGUACUGCUGCUGGUGCCGCUGGUGGUGCUGCUGGUGGUGGUAGUGGUGGGGUGCAUAGUGGGCUGCUUUCAGGGAAGGAUGAAAGGGAGGGUGAGACUAGCAGGGACGUAUCCCCAAGGGGGCCACUGGCUAGAGACGACGAGAGCAGGAAGAGCAGCAGCGGUGGCAGCAUCGUUGGCAAAUCAACAGCCCCACGCACGGCUGGUCCUGGUUACCGUUCUGUUCAGACCAAUUCGCGCCUUUGCUCGCAGAUUUUAUUAGAUCGCGUAUCCGAUUUGAUCUGGUACACGAAGUGGGUGGGGUGUAGCGACCCUGACGACCUGCCGGUGGCGUUCAUCCCCUCUGUAGUGCCGGUGACCAUGCUUCUUAACGAGUUAGGCGCUCCCAGGUCCAAGGAAUCGGAUCUCCUGAUGUGUCACCGCUCUGCACUCCUCCAUCUCGUGCUUCCCGAUUUCCGGGAGAAAGUGCAGCAGAGGUUGGUGGAGGGUGAACUGACAUGGAUGGAAAGGGAGGGGGUAGGGGGAGGAGGAGAGGGAGGAAGAGGGAGAGGAGAAGAUACGGGAAAGGGAAGGGCAACAAUUGUUAAGGUUAGAAUUUCCAAGGCUGCUGCUGCUGCUGCUGCUGCCGCUGCUGCUGCUUCAGCCAAUACUACACCCGGAGGGAAAUCCCUCGCUGCAGGUACUCCCACUACCCCCUCUGCUGCUGCUUUUGGCCCCUCUAUGGCGGGCACGGCAGCAGCAGGAGGGGGGAGAGUGGGGGGGCAGGACGAAGCAAGCAUGAGGCAGAGCGGCCGCAGCAGCACAGGUUCGGACGGCAGCAGCUUCAGCUUCGGCAAGCUCUCUGGCCGAGCCUCCGACCGAGCCUCCGACCGAACCGCCAUGGGCAUGGGGAUGGGCAUGGGGAUGGGGAUGGGGAUGGGGAUGGGGAUAAGCAUUGGGGUGAUGGGGGCGGGGUUGUCCCGGCAGAUUCCCCUGGAGGAGAUCAUAGCUGCCACGGACUCGUGGGAUCCGAGGCGCAAGCUGGGGGAGGGCGGAUUCGGGUGUGUGUACCGAGGGGAUGCUGCUAACGGGGAGAUCUGGGCGGUCAAACGGGCGAACACGGUGUCGGAUGAACAACUAGAGGAAUUCGAGAAGGAGGUCUCUUCCAUGAGUCGAAUGGCCCACCAGCACCUCGUCCGUCUGAUCGGCUUCUGGGCGGACUGCGACGAGCGCAUCCUCGUCUACGAGUUCAUGCACCACGGCAUGCUCUCCUCGCGCCUCCACCGCCCCUCCCAGCCCUCCUCCCCACCCAAAGACCGGCCUUUCAACCGUCUCUACGCUAGCAAGGGCUUCCCCUCUUCCGCCUCCUCCUCCUCCUCGUCCACCUCAGCAGGUUUAUUGUCGCCCCAAAGCCGGUCAUCUAGCAGCCGAAAGCCAGACCUCCCCCCUCCGUUGACCUUUGAUGAGAGAGUGAGUAUCGCGGUGGGGGCAGCAGAGGGGCUGCGGUAUCUUCACGACUUCGCAGCGGACCCGGUGAUCCACAGGGAUGUCAAAUCAGAUAAUAUCCUUCUCACGGAGAAUUUACAGGCGAAGAUCGCGGACUUCGGGCUGCUGAAAUCGGCCGACGUGGCAGGGGGGGGGGGAGGCGCAGGAGCAGCAGUGAACCACACUAGGCUCAUGGGAACCCCGGGGUAUUGCGACCCGGAGUACUCUAAAACCUACAUCGCAACAGCUAAAAGUGAUGUUUACAGUUUCGGAGUGGUACUCCUGGAGCUGAUCACCGGGCAGCGGGCGAUUUUACCGGACACUAGGAAGAAGAGCAUUGCGAGCAGCAUGGCGUCGCUGCUGAGGCUCCGGCCAGGCGUGGGGGGAAAGACUCAGCAGCAGAGGGAGAUGGAGGCGCUGGGCUUUAAGAAGAACAAGAAGGCGAGCAUGAGAGCGAUCACGACACUCGUCAGCUGGGCCAUUCCUCUUAUAGCAGCCGGCAAGCUGAAGGCAGUAGUCGACCCAGCCCUAGAAAACAACUACCCUCCAGUGGCAAUGAAAGCCCUGGCGGGUGUAGCAGCCAUGUGUGUCCAAAAGAGCGCCGCCCAGCGGCCGUCCAUGGCUGAGGUGGCAACACGGCUGUCUGCCAUCCAGCAUAAGGUGCAGGACCUGCACAUACAAGGGGAGGAGCCCAAGUACAACUUCCAACCCACCCUUGCCGGCCCCAUGCCCCCUCCUGCUCUUGCUGCUAGUGCUGCUGAUGGUGGUGGUGGGUGGGGGAGUGGUGCGGGCGGCGGGGGGUCAGGUUCGGGAAGUAAGCAAAAUUUUACUCGGACCGUGUCGGCUCCAGCCCAGGGGGGUGGCCAGGGAGGGAGUGGGCUUGAAAAGAAAGAGAAGAAGCAUAGGUAUCAGGAGGUUGAGCGGCCGAAAGGGAGCAAGGAGGGGAAGGAAGGGGACAGGAAGGAUGGGAAGGAUGGGAGGGAUGGGAAAUCGAAGGGGCUGUUGAAAAAGGGAUCCUCUAGAAGCUCGAGUAAGUCGAGUCUUCCGCUCCUGUCUGCUGGGGAUGCGGUAGAGUUCAGCUCACAACACGUUACUAACAGGUACAUGGUAGGUCAGUUCUAACAUACUGUUGUCGUGCAUGAGAUCAAUUUUACUAUUUAGGGUUAGGAUACAAAAUUUUGCUUGAUCUUUCAACAAUGUGUGAUGAGAAAU